GAAUCUAUGUUGGUGCAUGUUCCCCUCUCUCUCUCUCUCGGCAGGUUUUCCAUCGUCUCCACCGCGCCAACCUUUCUCUAACAUUUUAUCGUCUCCCAAUCAUUUCACUCCCACAUUUUCUUGGGUUUCCUCUGCUUCUUACCCCGCAACUGAGGUUUCCCCUGUUUCCGGGUACUUUUUCUUCUUCUUCUUCUGGGGUUUUCCUCCUCUCUUUUUUUUCUUUCAAUGGUUAUGGCAUUUCCUAUUUCGUAUUCCCCGAGUUUCGUCAAACCGAUGACGAACUCUAGAAGAACGAAGCUCUUCGCGUGCUCCUCUUCGAAUGGUAGAGAUCCCGCCGACGACAAUGGCGUGAGGAGCGUCGAUAAACUUCUGGAGGAGAAGCGCCGAGCUGAAUUGUCUGCUCGGAUUGCUUCUGGGGAAUUCACCGUUCGCAAAUCUAGUUUUCCAUCCACAGUGAAGAAUGGUUUAUCAAAGCUUGGAAUUCCAGUCGGUAUUCUGGAUUUCUUGUUUAAGGGCGUUGAAGCUAGCGAGGACUACCCUAAAAUUCCCGAGGCGAAGGGAUCGAUCCGUGCUGUUCGAAAUGAACCUUUUUUCAUCCCUUUGUACGAGCUUUACAUUACAUAUGGAGGAAUUUUCAGGUUGACUUUUGGACCAAAGUCAUUCCUGAUCGUAUCUGAUCCUUCUAUCGCUAAGCAUAUAUUGAAGGACAACUCAAAAGCUUAUUCCAAGGGGAUUUUAGCUGAAAUUCUCGAUUUUGUCAUGGGAAAAGGACUCAUACCUGCUGAUGGCGAAAUAUGGCGUGUAAGAAGGCGGGCUAUAGUCCCUGCAUUACAUCAGAAGUAUGUAGCAGCUAUGAUCAACUUGUUUGGAGAAGCUUCUGAUAGGCUUUGCCAGAAGCUAAAUGCUGCUGCAUCAACAGGAGAACAAGUAGAGAUGGAAUCGCUCUUUUCACGUUUGACCCUUGAUAUUAUUGGCAAGGCAGUUUUCAAUUAUGACUUUGAUUCGCUAACUAAUGAUACUGGUGUGAUUGAGGCAGUUUACACUCUUUUAAGAGAAGCUGAAGAUCGAAGUGUUUCACCUAUUCCUGUAUGGGACAUACCCAUCUGGAAAGAUAUUUCACCAAGGCAGAGGAAAGUUACAUCUGCUCUGAAAUUGAUCAAUAACACGCUGGAUGAUUUGAUUGCAACAUGCAAGAGAUUGGUUGAAAAAGAGGAGCUGCAAUUUCACGAGGAAUACAUGAACGAACAAGAUCCUAGCAUACUUCACUUCCUUUUAGCAUCGGGAGAUGAUGUCUCGAGCAAACAACUUCGUGAUGAUUUGAUGACAAUGCUCAUUGCCGGGCAUGAAACCUCGGCUGCAGUCUUGACAUGGACCUUCUACCUCUUAACAAAAGAACCCAGUGUAGUCACCAAACUCCAAGAAGAGGUCGAUUCUGUUAUUGGGGAUAGGUGGCCAACCAUAGAAGAUAUGAAGAAGCUCAAGUACACUACCCGAGUCAUCAAUGAAUCGUUGAGGCUAUAUCCACAACCACCAGUAUUAAUCCGACGAUCUCAAGAGAAUGAUGUGCUUGGACAGUAUCCUAUAACAAGGGGAGAAGAUAUAUUCAUCUCUGUUUGGAAUCUUCAUCGGAGUCCACUGCUUUGGGAUGAGGCCGAGAAGUUCAAUCCCGAGAGAUGGCCUCUAGAUGGACCAAACCCGAACGAGACUAACCAAAACUUCUGUUACUUACCCUUUGGUGGAGGACCACGGAAAUGCGUAGGCGACAUGUUUGCUUCAUUUGAGACGGUGGUUGCGGUGGCUAUGCUUAUUCGAAGAUUUGAAUUCCAGAUAGCACCUGGGGCUCCCCCGGUGAGAAUGACUACAGGAGCUACCAUACACACAACGGAAGGGCUGAAAAUGGCAGUAACCGGAAGAACCAAACCACCUCCUCCUCCGGCCAUACCCUCUCUUCCAGUAGCCGGAAUGGAAGCUUCUGGACCUUCCCGAGACGAAGUUUCCUCGGCUCGUUCUUGACCCUUUUCGGCAUUUUGCAUAAACAGAAACUUGCAGAAGGGAAAGAAACGGAAACGUCAGAGAAAUCCAUUGUGCAUCCGUGUAAGCUGUCCUGUCCGCCCGUACGACAAAUGCAGCAGUUGUUGGACAUGUCUUAGCUUCUGAUCACAUAUAUAUAUAUAUAUAUAUAUAAGAUACGGAAAUGCAAAGAAUAGCCUUUUUAUUGCAAAAUGUACAGAACCACCGCAGUCACCCUUUGUGGCUUUACGAUCAAAAUGCGAACAUUGAAAUGUAAAUUUCAUCACAUUCUUUUUCACUUC